GUCACAACACUACGACAGUUAUGUUGGCAAUGCGAGAUGAUAUUCAGCGAGCUAUGAAAAGAGGUGAAGUCACAAUAGCUGUUCUCGCAGAUUUCUCGAAAGCGUUCGAUACUGUGUUGUAUUCUACCAUCUUAAGAAAACUCCAUUCACAAGGUUUCUCCAAAGAGUAUCUCAAAUGGGUCACAAGCUAUCUGACUGGUCGACGACAGUUUGUUCAAAUAGACGACACAGUGUCAAACACAACUAACGUUUGUUUUGGAGUUCCACAAGGGUGUAUACUUGGUCCUAUACUCUUCAACCAAUAUGUGAAUGAUCUCUCUGAAAACCUUGACGACUCUAUAUCUUCACAUCAGUAUGCCGAUGACACUACCAUCUAUGCACAUUGUAAGCCAGCUGACAUAAAGUCAUGUGAAGAGAAAAUUCAAUCCAAUCUAGAUAAACUUUCUACCUGGUCUAGUUCUAAUAACCUUGUUCUUAACCCCAAUAAGACAUAAAUCAUGCUUUUCUCGACUAGUCAACUCUCUCGUGUGCACCAACUUGAUGAAGAUCGUUCUGUUCAUCUUCAUGCUAAUGGAAUUGAACUUAAAAGAACUAAAUGUGCGGCUCUUCUUGGUACUACAUUGCAUCAAAAUUUAAAAUGGAAUGAUGAUGUUAACAAAAAGAUCUCAAGUUGUUACGCGACAUUAUCCGUCUUGAGAAAAUUGAAACAUUUGGCACCAUUUAAAAUUCGGAAGCAACUCGCGGAGUGUCUGGUGCUAUCAAAAAUUGAUUACAACGAUGUCGUGUCUAGUCCAGUACCAGAAUACCUAUUAAAACGCUUACAACGAGUGCAGUUCGCUGCUGCUGGCUUUGUAUUUAAUAGGUACGCUAGAUUCACUGAUGUCAUGUCUCUCCGUUGGCUUCCAAUUUUGGAGCGUAGCCAAAUUAGCAUACAAAGCAAUGAAUUGUGAUGACUGGCCUUCAUACUUAAAAUUAGAGGAAUAUAUUCCUAUCAGACCAUUACGAUCAUCAUCUGCCCGGCGUCUAGUAGUCCCUAUUAUCUCUGGAACCUUCCAAGAUGAAGCAGCUCGAGUGUUCAAUUUCUUACCUGAAGAAAUUCGAAACUGCGAUACAUUUAAAGAUUAUUGCAGAACCUCCUCCGAGUACUUCAAAACACUAGUCAAAAACAGAAUUAGUGACACGUCGUAAACCCUGUUGACAUUGUGUGUAUAACUAUACUGUAUAUUUCUGUGUAUAAGUAAUGUCAAUUGUUAAAUACUGUAAUGUAUAACAUACUACGUAUUGUAAUACUUGUUGUGUCGUAUUAUGUACUCCGUUGUAUGUAUUGCAUACUUCGUUAUCUUAUAAUCAAACUCACUUGUAGCAUAGAAGAGCCACUAUGUGGAAAUGCUAUUAAAUCAUUAUUAUUAUUAUUAUUAUUAUUAUUAUUAUUAUUAUUAUUAUUAUUAUUAUCAGUAGCAAAGCCGUUUAGGGAAAACAUUUCCCAACUAGUUACAUUCUACAACCCCAGCCGCAAAGAUAUGAAGGUGAUAACAGAUGACUAUCUUCAUGGUGUUCCUCAAGAGACAAUUACAGAAAUCACAAAAAUAUUGAGAGAUGAGAAGUUCACCGCACUAGAUAUACUACUAAAGCACCCUUACACCUACACUGUUAGGUUAAACACUGCAUAAUAUAUAGAUGGGUAUCGGAAAAAUGGGAACUGAGUCUGACAUAGAAAUUGACAGUAUACUGAGUGAAGUGGAAGGGGACGCAAAGUUACCGCAAAGAAAGUCUAAACCUACCGCAAGAAAAUCUAAGGCUACCGGAGAGAAGUCUCAAACUGAUAAAAGAAGGGAUAAACUUAUUGAGCUAUCAAGAGAUGGUAUUGUAGAGAAGUCAGUAAGUUUCAUAAGAAAGUCUAAUAAAGAUGUAAUAGAUAGAUUAUACGAUGAGCACGAAAACCAAAGGAUGAAAUAUGCUGGUGACUUUUUGGCAACACUGGUGAUAUCAAAGUUUGCGUCUGUACUAGGUGGUAUGAAUGUAGUUGAAUCAUCAGAGGCACUGUCUGAUGAACUCCUAGGUGAUAAGCUUCUAAAGGAGGACGUUUCCCAGCUAACUAGAAGUAUAUCCCCAGUAUUCCAUUCAUAGGUCUCAUAUCAGGAGGCUGCACCACCGCCAAGCAUGUAGUAGGUCAUAUGUGGAACAAAAAGGAGGAAGAACCAGAAGUCUCAGAUAAUGCAAAACAUAUCUUAUUACAUACAGAAUGUCACAACUCGGAGAACCCUACGACUGGGGAAACCCCUGGGAAAGAACAGAAUUUGAAUCCAUAAAUGAUGAACUGAUAAUUAUAGCUAAUCCUAAGGGUGAGUAUAAAGGGUUUGCAAUAGAGUUCAAAUCACCUAAGGGCAGACUGGAAGCAAAUAGAAUGUCUUAAGAGACUUAGACAAUUAGGGUACAUGACUAUGAUUGGGGAUGACCUGGUAAAAAUAUGUAUCAGAAUAUAUGAGUACUUAUCACUGAAAGAAAAAGUGAAAAUAAGAAGGGUAAAAACUGUUGUUAGUGAUGUAAAGCUGCACAAACCAAAGUUCAAGUCAGGUAUGUACUAGUAGUGUUUAGGUUAGUGGUAAAAAUUAAACUUAGAAAAUGCUCGGCUAUUAUAGUUGGGCAUUUUUUAAGCAAUCACAUAUAUGUAAACAUCUAUGUAGACAUCGAUGUAGGUAUCUAUGUAUAUAUCUAUAUAGUUAAACAUAGGCAUCUAUAUAGAAUGGCUGACGAACGUAAAACAGAAGAGGUUACUAUCACAAGUGAAAAGAAGAAGGACCCUAAGAGAGUAGAAGCUGGAAAGAGACUAGCAGUUCUAAGUAAAGCUGCAAGAGAGAGGAAAAAGGAGACGGCCGAGCCUAAGGCCUCAUCUAGCAAUGAUAAUAUGAUUUCCUAUAUAGGAGUGGGAAUUGCAUUGGUAUCUCUUAUGCUAGCAUAUAAGGCACAUCAGAGGGAAACUAGGGAACCAGAAGUUAGGUACGUACCUAAGACUGUAGAAGUAACUAAGAAAGUAGAUGCGUCUAGGUUAGAUUCAUUUGAAUGAUACAUUAAUUAAACAUAACAUAUAUUAUAGCAAAAAUGAGUAAAGAAUCAAAGAUGAGCAUGGAAGUGUACAACGCAGUGUUACUUACAGCAGGAGCAGUUGGUAUAUCAAUGGCAUCAAAGAAACUAUUGAAAGAACCCUUAGGCACCCCAGAGAAUGUGAAAGGAAUGGCAAAAUUAGCUGUUUCAGUUAGUAUUUCAUCUCUACUGGUCUCUUACUUGAAAGAAAAGAAGUAUCUACCAGAUGAUCCAUUCAAAACCUAGGUAAAACUAUACAAUGGCAAGCGCAGUAGCAGGAGGACUCUUUAAUGCAUUUGCAUUUGCAUGACCAGGAUUCCUAUUUAAAAUGAUUGAUAAGAACGGAUUCUCUGAGGAAGCUAAAAGACAUAACCUUGCAAUGGAGAACCUAACAGCUGAAAGAGAAAAGUACCUUGAAGAAGUUACUGAUAGGAGAAACAGAAUAGUUCAACUAAGGGAAGAACUAGCUGAAGCAGAUCGUGAUAUAAAGUCUACGAACCAAUCAUUGGAGUUAGUUAGAAGGAUCGAUGAGUUAACACGUAAGGUUAUGCCUGUAAAGCCAAAGCUUAGUAAUCACUACAAGCCCAGCUCUGAGAUGGAAGAAUAUAUGGCACUCUUUGGUUUACUUACAGGUGGGGCGGUAGGUGGGUUAGCAUACUUAAUGCUGUAGAAAAUACCGUAAAAAUUUUCACAACUAUAAGUAUAUAGGAAUGGACUGGUUAAUGAUGACAACACAUGAGGAGAUAGUACGUGCAGGUAAAAGAAAAACACAGUGAGAGAGCUAGAGGCUGUCGUAAGAAAGUACGCAGUAAAUAGAAUAAGGAGUAGACACAUAUAUGAUCCAAUAUGUAGCGAAUGUGGAAGUAAGUCUAUUAUUGUAGUAGAUGGGGCAGAUAAUGUACAGUAUGUGGUGGCUGUGAUUUGAAUAAUUUCUCCUACUAUGUUAGUUACAACUACAACAAGGACGACUAUCUGAAAAAAAAGUCUUGUCAUAAAAGGGUCCGCUGGUUCGAGAGACAUUUGAUGGAACAUGUUGCUCCAAGGGAUAGGGAUACCAUAAGGGAGCAGUUCAGAAGCAUUGUAAGAUGUAUACAAAGACUUAAGAGGCUGUCUCUGCAAAAACGGACCGAUGAAAAUCUCAUUAAAAACAGAUUUCGCCUGAAUUUUACAAGAAAGUACAAAAAUGUGUCUACAUUAACGAAUUCGUAUCGGUUUUUCAAAUUUCUUGACUCUUCACGAGAUUUUAUGAUGUAUGUAUCAACCACCGAGCACGUCAAAAUGGCGGCCAUUUUCCGUACGCAAGUUGUUCAGUUUGGGCAGUCGAUUACUUACACUUCACAGAAAGCCAAAAACAAAUUACUACUCAAAGUUUACGUACUUACGUACCUUGUAUAAAAAAAAUAAUUGAAAGAAUAAACAUUUCUCCAAAUUUUGCACGUUGGGCAAAUCUUACAUUUGCCUAUUUCGAACAAUAACAGAAAUCACCAAAAGUGCAGUCAAGACGACGGCGGUUUAUGCUAAAGUGAGGCUAGUAAAAAUAAUACAUUCUAUACUGGGUCAAAGUUUAAGACAUGUAUUACUGAGAUCAAGCGAAAAAUGUUUUGGUCUAACAUGCUUACAAGUAUAUUUGGCUCUUUAAAUAAUAGUAAAUUUGAACAUGUGGCGUAAUCUGCUUCGUUUUAAACACGGAUCGCUCAGGAUCGCUUAAAAAUGCAAAAUCUUACCUUAUCUGCCCAUAUAUAACUUCUUGAAUUUCUACAAGCUUAUUUUUUUCAAUCCAAAACUAUGGAUAUGCGUUGCAUUGAGGAUCGAAAGAUAAAUGAAUGAUAAUACGUCGUUAAACCAAGAUAAUAUUAUAAAUACUGCCCACCGGCUUUGCACCGUAAUUGUCAUUUUUACAAGACUUGUUCUCGGUAAGCAAAUACAGCAUUUCACAGCACAGGUGUGAUGCUGCAUCAUAACUUUGCAGAAGGAUCACACAUUAAAUCUAAUUUUCACUGACAAUGAGUGAGAAUUGAGCAAGUUUAAUUUUUAAUAUUUGCAUAUUUGUUGUUGUAGAAGUGUCGAUUGUUUUCGUUUCCACCUAUAGACUUCAUGUAACUCUCAAUAAAAAGUAUAUAAAAAAUUUUGACCACACCCUCGCUUAGGUGUAACCAAAUUUUUUAUAUUACUGUAGUAGUAUUAAACCAGUUUGUAAUAAUCAUUUCUAUUUAUAAAUCAAUGAAAAUAGAUUACAAAACAAAUUGACCCACUGACAACAACAAAUUGAAUAAACGUGAUCACUAGAUUCCGACAGCACUGUAUUGAGCUGAAAGUACUGUACUUCUUUUGGGAUAAACCGAGAAAAUCACAUGCUAUCAUGGCAAUGAGGACGUCCGAGUGUUUUCUGAAAGAGAUAGAUUCAAACUCUUGUGGCACUUCCAGGGAUAUAAGGGGGCUUGUACUUUUGUGCGACUGCAAUGACGAUAUUCAACGGCACCUGGCAAGCUUUCGCCUUUCGAAAUCGAAUCUAAACGAAUGUGCCCUGAUUCUAGCAAGGGUUGGCAUGUUUGACGUUUCCCAGCAGGAAAAAGAGCAGCUUCUGGUGUGUCCUUAUCACCGACACAAGUUUGGUAAAUUUUGGCGGCCUUCGAAAGUAACGUGCCAAUAUCCAUUGCACAAAGGUAAAAGCAAGACAUUGAAAGGUACAGAUGCAGUCACAUUGCAAAUGGCGAAAGAUGUCUAUACUCUAUAUGGAUCAACUAUACCAGUAGGAUCUUGUAAGUAUUCAUAUCUUCUCGUUGUUCUCAAAAAAAGUUUGCCUCUAUAUAAAUAGAGGAUAUUAUACACGGCGGUGCGAAGAUAUGACUUUUAUCUUCGAGUGGUGAAAACAAUUUUUUACAAACGAAGUAAAAAAAAUAUAUAUAAAAAUAUUUUAAAAAAUAUUGUAAUAAAAAUAAAAUAUUGUCUUUAACACGAGAAGAUAAAAGUCGUAUCUUCAAGCCACCGUAUAAUGUUAUGUUUAUUACAUAGUGCCAAGCAAAAAAUUGUGAAAUUUCACGCUUUAAAGCAAGUUGGAAAAAGUCACGUGAUCGAUAUCUGCACUAGUGAAGAUAUGGAAAAUAUCUCACUGUGUAUUUUUCAGUAUCUCACUCUCUAGUAUAUAAUAAGUCUUGCUAUUAAUCUUAUCAAACUAUAUUAUUUAUAAAAUUAUAAAUGUACUUGCAGCUGUAUGUUCCAAUUGCCGAAAAUCGCACAAAAAAUACGUUGAUGAGGAAACGGAUAGGGAUGGUGGGAACAAAAGGGUAGCACCAAAGAACAGGUACAUAAAACAUUGGACAAAAAAGUCCGAAAGGAGAAGGCGUGUCCCUGGCAACGCCUUUUCUAACGUCUCUUUAUAGAUACAUCAUCGAAUAUUAUAUAUAGAUAUCAACCUCGUUCCCAGGCUCUUUCCUCCAGCGAGGAGCGUAGUGGAAAGAGCCUGGAUACGAAGUUGAUACAGAUAUAUCAUUGUUUACAGUCAUUGCAUUUAGUUUUUGCAUUCAUGCCAAAUUGACGAAAAAGAUUUUUAAAGGGAAAGGACUUAUUUCAUUUUAUUUUAUAUAAAGGGUAACUUCGUUGACUUCGUUUUGUGACACACCUCGUCCUUCCAGUUACACUACUAAAGACGCGAACUGGACACCAGGUCAGUGUAGUGGUCCAGGUAGUGACAGCUCGCACGAAAACGCCAUUUUGCUUGAGAAAGCUAGGAACAAGACGGACACGGUUCUAGAAAAUUACAACAGAGUAAUGAUUGAAUUGUCGUCGCAAACGAACCAAGAGGAAAUAAAGCCCUUGCAAACCAGGAUGAAAACUAGCUGGACUGAUGCAACCAAAGAAGAGCAGAAAAUGUUUACCGAGAAAGCAACCGAAGCUUGCCAAGUUAUUUGCAAUAUUAUCUCUCCGAGUGAUGGUAAAAGUUUGUUUCAAGCUGUUCAAGAACAUAAAAGAGAUUGUAACCUAGAUUUCUUAACUACAGCAUACAGGAACACGACUUCUAAAAAGAUCAAGACACAAAUACUGAGUCUCUAAGCGUACGAAUACCCAGCAAGCAAGUUAAUCGAAAUGCAUUCAUCAUUUGAAAAGCUAAGCGAAAGGCAAAUAAAGAAAGCAGGGGCCCACGCUAAAACAUUUGGCUCAGGGACACCAGUCGAGACAACAAAGAAACACAGGAUCUAUUUGAACAAGGCAAAACUUGAUCACUUUAUCGAAUUUUCGAAUCGCCCAUAUUUCUAUCUAGAUGUGUCCUACGGAACACGGGUCCUUAAACUAGAAAGUGGAGAACGAUUAGCCAUGCCAAAUGUCAUCAGAACAAUUACAAAGUCCACCCUAAUUUCUGAGUAUCAGAAACAUUGUACAAAGACAGAAUUUUCGCCGUUAAGUCGCGCUACUCUCUUCAGAAUUUUGAAUGUUAGAGAAGCUUCCCAGCGAAAGUCUUUAUAUGGGCUAGAUAAUACUGCAGCAGAUGGUUCAAGUGCAUUUGAUUCCAUGGAAAAUAUUCUGAAUAGUUUACAACAAGCGUCAAACGAGAAGAUAAGCUGGUAUGAAGAGACAAGGAAAUCACUCCGAGCAGGCAAGAAGUAUCUCAAAACCGACUUCCGGGUGCAUCGCAAGGAGACUGAAAGCCCAUGCCCUGACCAUUGCCGGAAGUUCGAAAGACUCACUCAAGUUUUGAUUGGCAUAGAACAUGCUAUCAAAACUUGUCAGGGGUUUUAUGGGAAUGAUCUGAAAGAAGAUAUCUUGCAUGAUUUUGGACUUGCUAAAAACGCCAUUUUAGCAUGGAAAGCUCAUAUUUUGCGAUCUGAGAAUCAGGAAUGUGGAAAACAAGCAGUGUUGGAGAAGUUAGAUGAUAGUUCUGUUCUUAUCGUUAUGGACUGGGCAAUGAAGUUUUUGCAGCUGCGUUACAGAGAGAAACAAUCCGAUUGGUUCGGUAAACGUGGCUUAAGUUGGCAUGUGAGUAGUGUUAUCCAUCGAAAUAACAGCGCAACAUAUAUCAUCAAGUCGUACGUACAUCACUUUGAUAGUUGCACCCAGGACUGGUAUACAGUCGUUUCUAUUAUCGAGGACUUGUUCAAGGCACUGAAACGUGAUCACCCGACAGUUAGAAGAGCAUUUCUAAGGUCCGAUGAAGCCGGGUGCUACCACAAUAAUGAGCUGAUAGCCGCCGUUCAAGAUAUUAGUAAGAGGGCGGGUAUCAAAGUUGAAAGGUACGAUUUCUCCGAACCGCAGUAUGGGAAAGAUGUGUGUGAUCGAAUCCUAUGUCCAAUGAAAGAAUCGAUAAGACGGUUCUGCAAUGAAGGUCAUGAUGUCAUUCGAGCGAAAGAUAUGCGUGAAGCUUUACAGCAACGACCUGUUAAGGGAACAACAUCAUUUGUUAACUCCGUCAGAACAGAAAACAAAACCUUGAAAAUGACGAAAUGGAAAGGAUUCAGCAGCUUCCAUAACUUUCAGCACGAAGACAAAGGAAUUCGAAUAUGGAAAGCAUUUUCUGUUGGUAGUGGAAGAUUCAUUCCUUACUCGAGUAUCUUCUUACAGCGCCAGGGACCAACCAAUUUGAAAGUUGAAGAAGAUCAGGAUUUUUUUCCAGAAGUCAGUGGCAGAAGCUUCAAAACCAAACAAGACAAGACGUCUGACACGGAAGUUCAGAUUUAUGAGUGCUCAGAACCCGGAUGUUGUCAAGAGUUCGACUCAAUGGAAGACUUAGAUGUCCACAUGGAAUUGGGAGUGCAUGAACUCGUUCAUCCCAAUGAAAGCAUUUACGACCAGCUCAGAAGACAGUGGGCUGCGCAGUUUGGCAACGUUACUGUUCAUAAAAGUAAUACACAGCCAAUUUCAGCAGAUAACACUAUCCAUUCUGAAGGCGAAAGCGGCUGUCCUUCAGCUCUGCCCAUGGGUUGGGCUCUCCACGCGCCAGCCUCCAAGUCUCGGUUUCCAGACUGUGUAAGGUUAUACCUCAAAGCAAAGUUUGACCUCGGUGAAAGGACUGGCGAGAAGGCUGAUUCACAACAAGUUGCAUUGGAUAUGCGAAACGCGCGAAACGAAGACGGGGAUCGGCUAUUCCAGAGAGAUCAGUGGUUUGCAAAGAAUCAGGUGAAAAGCUUUUUUUCAAGACUAGCAGCAGCACGCAGAAAGAAUGUUGGAACGAACGAUUCCGAAGAUGACCUGGUUAGCCUAUCAGAAAUCGACGACGUUUCUGGAAAUCACUGGAUGGAAGAACUGGAGAGUUUGGAGGAAGAGCAGGAAAGAUGCUCGUUGCUAGAAGCUGUUGAAAGCCAGAUGGGGGUAACACAUCCAAUAAUUUAUGACACCUACGAUUUGUGUGAAUGCAAUGAACAAAACCGUCUGAAUGUAUUUAAAAUUGUCAUGCUGAAAGAAAUUUGCAGCACUUUUGACAUUGGCUUCAAGUCGAGGGAAACCAAAGGAAUGCUUAUAGCCAAACUCAAGGAAAUGCUUGACCAAUGUUCCUGUUCAACAUGAAAGUCUGAUUCCACGACGCGAAAUUGUUCGCGGGAAAUGCAAUGGUGACUGUGUGUCUGCAAAAUAUUUUGUGAAUAAAUUUCGCACUGAUGGCUGCACAUAGGUGAUUUUAUUGUAUAUUGUUUCUGUACACAACGUCAGAUGAUAUCGCUGAGAAAAGAGUAAAAAGGUCGUGGAAUCAGAGUUAGACAACGAGAAACGAGUUAACAAAACAAUUGACAUAUGAAUUGCAUUUUACUUUUAAUUCAACAUUACUGUAUGGUUGUCUAUAAUUUAUAUCGUUGGGACCAUUUAAUGGGUAGUAAUUAAACAAACUUGAAGACAAUUGAGGAAAAACUAACUUUUCCUAGACGAUCAAUGAAGUGUAUCUCAAUAGCAAGUUGAUUUCCAUGCAAUCUCGAUACUGUAACUACAUAUUCACAAAACAAUUCCAGCUCUUUACAAUUAUUGUAAAGAGCUGAAAUUGUUUUGUUAUGUGUCUGAGCUACGGAUGUACUCAGAACUCUGUCUCUAUGACUCUGUGCUCGUUUGACAUUUUUCAGUGGAAGUUACAUGAAGUAUAUACCAAAACGUCAACAACAAAUUUGAGAAUAAGGCAUAAAAUGUAUUUCUACUUCUAUCUUCACUGUCAGUUGAAAUAAGAGUACAUAGAUAAGGAUUUGCUGUAUGGUGCUUCUGAGAAACUAUAAACACUAUAACUGUGUUAUAAAAUACUAUUUGCCUACCAAGAACAGACCUUCCAAAAAUCACGAUCAGUCGACAGUCCAAAGCCGCGGAGGACGUAAUUAUUUUAACAUCAGGGAACAUUUGGUGUUUUUUUAACGACGUAUCAUUCACUUAUCUUUCCUCGUUACAACGCAUAUCCGUAGUUUUGGAUUGAAAAAAAUGAGCUUGUAGAAAUUCAAGAAGUUAUGGGCAGAUAAGGUAAGAUUUUUCAUUUUUAAGCGCCUGAGCGAUCCGUGUUUAAAACGAAGCAGAUUACGUCACAUGUUCAAAUUUACUAUUAUUUAAAGAGCCAAAUAUACUUGUAAGCAUGUUAGACCAAAACAUUUUUCGCUUGAUCUCAGUAAAACAUGUCUUAAACUUUGAUCCAGUAUAGAAUGUAUUAUUUUUACUAGCCUCACUUUAGCAUAAACCGCCGUCGUCUUGACUGUACUUUUGGUGAUUUCUGUUAUUGUUCGAAAUAGGCAAAUGUAAGAUUUGCCCAACGUGCAAAAUUUGGAGAAAUGUUUAUUCUUUCAAUUAUUUUUUUAUACAAGGUACGUAAGUACGUAAACUUUGAGUAGUAAUUUGUUUUUGGCUUUCUGUGAAGUGUAAGUAAUCGACUGCCUAAAUUGAACAACUUGCGUACGGAAAAUGGCCGCCAUUUUGACGUGCUCGGUGGUUGAUACAUACAUCAUAAAAUCUCGUGAAGAGUCAAGAACUUUGAAAAACCGAUACGAAUUCGUUAAUGUAGACAUAUUUUUGUACUUUCCUGUAAAAUGCAGGCGAAAUCUGUUUUUAAUGAGAUUUUGAUCGGUUCGUUUUUGUAGAGACUGCCUCUUAAGCUGCAAAGGGGGCGCAACAUAGUCAGAUACAAGUUUUACCUACUGAGAAUAGCCAGCAUGAAUGGUAUCACUUUGAGGAACCCUCCCGAGGACAUUAAAACUCAAAGGAUAGUGGACAUCCUUGAAGAUAGGUUGUACGGAAAAGUUUUUGUUGAGAUUGGAUGGAAACCUGAGAAAUGUAAAUAUUAUAAUAACUGGAAAAGUAAAAACACUUAAAGAAAUAUUAAUAUAAUAAAUCAAUAGAAUUAAAACAAUAAAUUAAAUAAAAAAUAAAAACACUUAAAGAUAUACUAAUAUAAUAAAUCAAUAUAAUUAAACAAUAAAUUCAAUAAAAAAUAAAAAAAACACUUAAAGAAAUACUAAUAUAAUAAAUCAAUAGAAUUAAACAAUAAAUUAAAUAAAAAAUAAAAUUAAAUACCUUAUUUUUUUUUUACACCUAUAGUAUAGAGGAACAGUUAGAAAUAUGGCGGGAGUCAAUAUAAGCGAAAUGAGCAUAGAACAAGUUAUGGCACUUAACAGUAUCAUUGAUAGUGGCGACGAUCUGGAGAUGCGAGUAAAUGAGAUCUUGGGGGAUAAAAACUACAAGGUCACUCCCAAGGAUAAGGGUGAGGAUUACUUCUAUGGAGAACAGCAAUUCGCAAAUGAAGUAGACGCUGAUGUGCUAAGACCUAAACUUAGAUAUGUACCUAAGAACUACAAGGGUAAGCGUGGAAUGACUCCUGUGUGGAAGUACUCUGAGAGGCAGAAGACAAAAGCUGCUCUCGUGGAGGAAGCAUACCAGAGUUUACUGUCCAAGGGAGUGGGAGGUCUACCACCAACUAUGGGAGGAGCCUGGCGUACUGACAAUGUCCUCGUUAAUGAAGAAUUCAAAAGAAUAGAGAAUGAGAGAAAUCCUAAGGUAAAGCGUCGUAGAGGUCGACCACCAAAGGCAAAAACUGAUACUGAAGUGAAGGUGCCUAAAAAGAGAGGUAGACCACCAAAGAAGCAAACUGUGGCUGAAAGGUUCAUGAGUCAGAGUAAGGUAAAACUCUCAGUACCUGCGAAUAGUGUUGUAACUCCAGUGGGUCCAGGUAAGUUCACAAUUACUGUGGAUCUUAAUAAGAGACCUACGAGGAAAGCUCCUGAGGUACCUAAGGGUAUAGCUCCAUGGAGACCAACACCUAAGCCUAGGACAGUGCUUCCUAAGGUGAGACCUAUACCGGCACCCAGAACCAGUGUCCCUAAGGUUAGCCAAAACCAGCACCCAGGACUAAGAAACCAGUGUCUUCUUCUAAGAUUCGUAAGAUUGUGAAACCUAAGAAGAAGACUGAGGAGAGACACUUAACAGUAAUCCCAGAAGGUCAUGAAAUUGAUCCAUUCGGAACAGACCUUGAAAAGUCUUUCCAUAGGAAAAUUGAGACUGCCGCCAAUGGUGCGGCUGUGACUUACUCAAUAACUCCGAAUCAUAUGGAUCCACUAAGUCAGCUAACAGCAAGCAGGCAGGUUGUAAGGGGAAUACUUGUGAAUGAGCUAAGGGUAAUGCGAGGGUUAAAGUAUACGGAGACGAUGAAGGUAAGAAUGUCCAAUGAAGUCGGUGAUGGAAAAACAAAGAAGGACUCAGUCUACUUCAAAUCCAAGACUGGUACUAUAACUAACUUAGAUGAUAUUAUAGUACAGUUGCACAAAUUCAACUGACAAUCUUAUCUAGAAUCGAAACAUUCCAAAAACUAGGUUCAUUGCUAUGUACACGCCUCUUAAGGGUAGUUCGUAUAUGAAACUACCUGAUAACAUCAAUAAUCCAAAGUGUGGUCUUAUUAAUAUGAGGAACAGUGAUAAUAAAUGUUUCAUGUGGAGUCAUGUGAGAUAUCUAAAUCCUAAGGCUAGAAGAGCAACUUAUAUCACUAAGACGGGAGUUAGGUAACAUCGAGUUGGAUUCGAGUUCGAGUUCGAGUUGGGCUUCGAGUUGGACUUCGAGUUGGACUUCGAGUUAAACUUCGAGUUAGAUAUUUUUCUUUACUUUUCGGGAAAAUGACAAUUGUAUUUUACCCAACCUUUUUUGCUGCGGAGCGAGCGAGCCUGAAUCAAAUUUACACUUAUUAUAUGGGGGAAUUUUAUCUUAAACCAUUGUUUACCGCAGCUGUAGGCCUUGUGGUCGUGCGCGAUCGGAAAUGCUCAGUAACCUUUUUGUCGGUUGUGCUUCCACAACACCUUGUGGUAAUUUUGAGUUGCAGAUUUCCUACAAGUUACAGAUAUUGCACAGCACAUUCCCUACCUCCUCCGCAAGCCAUACAGCCCGUAAUGAGUAUGCCCGUUCGCAUGUUGAAAUUUGAAAUUUGACAAGAAGGCUGCGGAAGAGGUAGGCACACUCCCUAUAUCAGGGUUUUCAGUGACUGGUUAUAUUAGGACCGGAACUGGCGUGAAGCAGACCGAG